CUCUUACAUCAGUAAAAACUUAGAUCAAGCGAUGAUUCCGAGGAAGAAAAUGAAGUCGAAGCAAUGCCUUCCUCGCCAGUGUUGAGUGAAAUGAUCAAGGAAGAAAUCCUUGAUGGAGAUUAUUCCAGGGAGCCUGCAGAGGAAGGAAUGGAAUUGAACUACCAGGAAGGAACAGACACACAGGGUAAUGAUGUGACCGAGAUGGAUUCUGCUUGGAAUAAGGCCAAAGAAGAAAAUGAUAGUGAUGGUGAAAACAAUCUAAAACGUCCUGCAAGCACUAGUCCUAGUGAAGAUGAACCCUCAUCAAAGAAACGGACAAAUGAGGUGGAUAAGCUUUGGAAAAAUGUGAAUGAUAAUCCCAAUGAUUUUCAGGCAUGGACAUUGUUAUUACAGCAUAUUGACCAAGUGAGUGACCUAGAAUCAGGCAGGGAAGCCUAUGAUGGGUUUUUUGCUCGUUAUCCGUACUGCUAUGGUUACUGGAAAAAAUAUGCAGACCUUGAGAGAAGAAAAGGGACAAAGGACACAACUUUGAAGAGCUGCAAACAUCGUGUUGAGGAUUGCUGCACUGUGUGUGAGAUUUUAGUGCACUUAAUUUAUUCUUGGCGUUAUCUGGCGAAGCGGCAGGGGUGUCGCGUCCCUCUCAAACUCAGUCAUCUUGGUGUGGGCAUGCAGAGUAGCCGUGCGGCGCCUCAGGGUAACAACAGUAGGUACUCCCUCAAUAUACCGGCCCUCACAACCCACUGGCACCACUAUCAAGGUUACUGCAGGUCUAUCAGGAGGGCAUUCCCUGUUUAUGGUCACAUCCAUCCACCACCCACCUUCACCCACUUCCAUCAACCGGCCCUUCUGUCCGCCAGUAUUUUAAUCGGGGUCUGGAGGGCCAUCCGGCUGAGUGUCGAUUUAUGGCUUCAUUAUAUGGAGUAUAUCACAGUUCAGUAUCCAGACGACGAGUUGUAUGUCCGUCAAGAAUUUGAGCGGGCUAUUGACACCUGUGGUCUGGAAUUCAAAAUCUUGGCCACACCAACUAGCAAAUACAUGCAUCAUUGGCAAAAGUUCCAGGACCAUGUCAAAAAGCAUUUACCAAGUGAAAUUGUUGGUGUAGAUGAGUUUCUCAGUGUGCGACGAGCUGUGUUAUCAGAGCUCAACCGAUCUGAUAUUGAGACCCCAGAUGAGGCUCCCCCAGGUGUUGAGGCAGCUCCCGGCGACGAACAAGUUGGCACAAAUGUGGAUGAAGAAACGAAGGCACUUCAAAGAAGUAUAAUCUCAGCACGUCAAAAAAUACAUGAAGCAAAUGCUGCAGAAGUGAAGGCACUUUGGAGCUAUGAAGAUGCCAUAAAGCGACCAUACUUCCACGUUAAACCCCUUGAAAAGAGUCAGCUCUCAGCGUGGAGAAAUUAUCUCGAAUAUGAAAUAAAACAAGCAAAAGAAGCUAGAAUUAGAGUGCUGUUUGAGAGAUGUUUGAUUGCCUGUGCCCUAUAUGAAGAAUUUUGGAUGAGGUAUGUCCGCUACUUGGAGGAAGUUGGAGCUGGUGAAGGUGAGAUCAGGGCUGUCUACCACAGAGCCUGUGACAUACACUUACGUGACAAAUUCAGACCACACCUGUCAUGGGCUGCUUUUGAGGAAGAAAAUGAUGGAGCAGACAGAGCCCUGCAGAUAUUAGCAGACGUUCAGGAAAGGGUGCCAGGUAGCCUAGAAGCAUGGAUGCAGGCAGCUGGUGUAGAACGUCGGAGAAACAACACAGAAGCAGCCAAAGAGAUGUUCAUGAAGUGUUUGGCUCAGUGCCAAGAAAGGGAUGAAAAAGAUGCCCACUCACAUGUUUCAUUGAAAUUGGCUCGGUUUUGUUCUUUGUUUGAAGGUGAUAAAGAAAAAGCAGUAGAGAUCUUGAAAGACGCUCACGAAUACAAUAAGAGCAAUAGCAGUGUCUUGUUGGCACUAGUUGAUCAUUCAUUAUCAUGCAAUCCUCCUCAAUUCAAAGAAGCUGAAGAAGCAUUGAAAGAAGGAAUUGAAUCUUGUCAGAGUCCUGGGACCAGGUUGAUGUUUGCGCACAGAUUAUUUCAUUUCAUGUCAGAAUGUGGCCAGGAAUCAAAUUGUGUUAGUGAAGGAUUGAGAAUCUUGAGAGAAGUACAACACGAAGUCAGACAAAUGGAUUCUGCAAUGGUAGAAGCAGACACAAGCAGUACAACCAGUAAACAGGGUGAAGCAUCAAGCAGUGGCAUCUCCGUUAUUGAACCCAGAAGAGACAAGCGCAACAGUCAAGAUAAGACUCCAGCAAGCACAGUCAAUGGCACUUCAACAACUUCAAGCCAAAGUGUAAAUGCGAGUUAUCAAAAUUAUGCCCACACUGGCUAUGGAAACUAUAACCAAGGUUACACACAAGGGUACGGAACAUCCCAUUACCAAGGGUGGGGGUAUCCCACACAACAAGGAGGUUAUGGCUAUGGUCAGCAAGGGUGGGGUGCUUAUGGGAAUUAUUAUGGCCAAAGAUAAGGUUUUUGAUUAUGCUGUCAUG